AAAUUGCCUGGUUAUAAACAAUAUUAUGAUGCAAUUGAGAAGAUAUUGCAGCAAUAUCAUAAGAUGCAGAAAUGUACUGCAAUGAUAAAUGCUAGUCCAACAUUAAAGACACUCAAUCGUGCCAGAAUGAAUAAAAAUACAAGAGUAAAUGAG